AUGUUCGAGCUCAGACCAAAAGGUUUAUACACCUCCUCGUCUCCUGAUGCCAAGACGAAAGCAGCACUGCUCCAAAACCGAGGGGUGAAACUCGAAGGCAAAGAAGGCCGCUCCGCCCUCUUCUCGCAAUGGAAAUUACUCUCGAAGAAGAAGGCCGAAGCCUCUCCUCCGAUUGCUCUACUCUCCUUCUGCCAGGGCUCUCGAUCGGGAACGUGGGGCAGCUGGCAAUCGAUCUCCUGAUCUCAUCAACCGGAGCCAGAAGGGUUGGGUACUUGGACGAGCCCUCCGUUCUUCCUUGUGUUGGGAAUGAUGCUUAUGGGCCAGCGCCGGAGGGUGAUCUCGCGCUGCCCCUCGAAGCUUAUGAAGCUCCUUCAUAUGCACUUAGUCUUAUCCAACAAAGAUCUCCAGUUAUAAAGGGAAUGAUGGUUGAAUUUGCAAAGAAUUUGAUGCAUUUUGCAUCAAGCAUCGGAAAGAAACAUGUUAUUCUUUCAAGUUUAGAUUCUGGUAGAAGGAAAAAGAUUGAUGCAUCCAGUAAUAUGCAGAUAUUUUACAUUUCAAGUGCCAGUGACGAUGGAACUGAUAGUGACUGUGAAAAGCUAGGGUGGAAGAAACUUGAGGAAUAUGAUCCAUCCCAAAGGCGAUGGAAGUAUCUUAAACAUCUAGCUGAAGAGAAUUCUAUUCAGGAAGAUGUGUUCACAUACGAUGAUGAAUUGGUAGAUGAUGACUAUUUCCCAGGCUUGCCUUUUGCUGCAUUGUUCUCUUGUUGCAAGGCAAAAGGUAUGAGGGUUACUUGCUUAUUGUGCUAUUGUUCGGAAGGGGACAACAUCUCUGAUUCAUUUCAGUUGGCUGAGGCAGCUUGCAGACUUCUGGGCCUGAGCCCAGAUAAGUUUUGUGGCAAUGAACAUGGUGGAUGGAUUAUUCCACUGUCGUGGAAAACUGUUUAUGGACCACCACCUGAUAUGUCCCUCUUCUAAUCUUCAUUUCUGAAAAUACUCAGGUGAGGCAACUUAAGACGCUGAAUGAUAACCAAAUUCUGGGUAAAUUUUUUUUUGACCCCCCACUGGCAAACUUGUUGGGAGCUAAUUCUCCAUGAAGGAUUUCUGCUGUCUGGAUAAACUGUUCUGUGGAAUGCUGAAGAAAACAAAUUAACUAGUUACGAAGAAAGAAUUUUUGUUUUUUGUUUUUUUGUGCAUUACAGUAGUUAGCUAUAUGCUCUACUAGUGACAUCCUUUUUUUUUCACUUUUCUUAAAGCCUAGUAAUAUACUUUUUCAAGAAUGGCUUUUGAUCCUC